AUGGAUAGGAGACAACUUGUCAGCAUGAGGCAGUCCCUCUUUGAUGAGGGCUUUCUUGGUGAGAAAUUUGAUGAGCUGCGGGAACUGCAAGACGAUGACUUUGUUGAAGAAAUUGUUACAGUAUUCUUCGCGGAGUCGGCUCAAUCAAUUCAAAAGAUAGAGAAAGAAUGUGUAGAGAUCACUCCUAUAGACUUCUCUAAGUUGAACACAUACUUGCAUAAGAUAAAGGGCAGUUGUUCAAGCAUUGGAGCCAAGAAGGUGCUAAAUGAAUGCUUGCAAUUUCGCGUGUACUGUAAUGCAGGAUAUGAAGAAGGAUGCAAAAUAGCCCUCCAACAUCUCAAGAAAGAACUUUCAACUCUCAAAGAGCAGCUUGAUGCUUAUUUUCAGCACGAGUUUCCCCAAGUGAGGACUCAAGUGGAGUACUGGGCAGCCGAUGGUUUGGAGUACUGA